CGACGGCCACAUCUCAGCUACCACCGUCACCCUCUCCCUCUCUGUCUGUCUUCCCUUUCACUCUUCUCCGACGUUUCACUGAAACCGCCGGCGAUGGGAGCGCCGACAAUACUACCAGAUCUAGGCACCGAGAUCCUGAUCCCGGUGUGCGCACUAGUCGGAAUCGUCUUCGCUCUCGUUCAGUGGAUCCUUGUCUCCAAAGUCAAGCUCUCGCCGGAGAAAUCCGGCCCCGGAGCCUCCGACGGGAAGAACGGCUUCGCGGAGUCGCUUAUUGAGGAGGAGGAAGGCAUCAAUGACCACGGCGUCGUCCACAAGUGUGCCGAGAUUCAGCGCGCUAUCUCUGAAGGUGCAACCUCAUUUCUCUUCACUGAAUACCAGUAUGUUGGGAUUUUUAUGGUUGCUUUUGCAAUUUUGAUUUUCCUUUUCCUCGGAUCGGUUGAGGGUUUCAGCACAAAGAACCAACCAUGCACCUACUCCAGCAGCAAAAUGUGCAAGCCUGCACUUGCCACUGCUAUCUUUAGCACUAUCUCUUUCGUGCUAGGUGCUAUUACUUCUGUGGUUUCUGGCUUUCUUGGAAUGAAAAUAGCAACUUAUGCGAAUGCCAGGACUACCCUGGAAGCAAGAAAGGGUGUCGGGAAGGCUUUCAUCACCGCUUUUAGGUCUGGUGCAGUUAUGGGUUUUCUUCUUGCUGCUAAUGGUCUUUUGGUCUUGUAUAUUACCAUCAAUCUCUUCAAGCUGUAUUAUGGUGAUGACUGGGAAGGCUUGUUCGAGUCCAUCACUGGUUAUGGGCUUGGUGGAUCUUCUAUGGCUCUUUUUGGCAGAGUUGGUGGGGGUAUAUACACAAAAGCUGCAGAUGUUGGAGCUGAUCUUGUGGGCAAGGUUGAGAGGAACAUCCCUGAGGAUGAUCCCAGAAAUCCGGCGGUGAUUGCUGACAAUGUCGGUGACAAUGUUGGAGAUAUUGCUGGCAUGGGAUCAGACUUGUUUGGCUCAUAUGCAGAGUCAUCUUGUGCUGCGCUUGUUGUUGCAUCAAUAUCAUCCUUUGGAACCAACCAUGAGUUUACACCUAUGCUAUAUCCUCUUCUCGUCAGUUCCAUGGGCAUUCUAGUUUGCCUGCUCACCACCCUUUUUGCUACUGAUUUCUUUGAAGUGAAGGCAGUAAAGGAAAUUGAGCCAGCACUGAAGAAGCAACUCAUAAUCUCCACUGUCCUGAUGACCGUAGGCAUUGCUAUUGUUACCUGGGUUAGUCUUCCAUAUUCCUUCACCAUCUUCAACUUCGGAGCCCAGAAAGAAGUACACAGCUGGCAAUUGUUCUUAUGUGUUGGUGUUGGUCUGUGGGCUGGUCUUAUCAUUGGAUUUGUUACAGAGUACUACACUAGCAAUGCUUACAGCCCUGUACAAGAUGUUGCUGAUUCGUGCCGCACUGGAGCUGCUACCAAUGUUAUAUUUGGCCUUGCAUUGGGCUACAAAUCUGUUAUCAUCCCAAUUUUUGCAAUAGCAGUUAGCAUCUUUGUCAGCUUCAGCUUCGCUGCCAUGUAUGGCAUUGCAGUCGCUGCCCUAGGAAUGCUUAGCACCAUUGCAACUGGUUUGGCUAUUGAUGCAUAUGGUCCUAUCAGUGACAAUGCCGGAGGCAUUGCUGAGAUGGCUGGUAUGAGUCAUAGGAUACGCGAGAGGACUGAUGCCCUUGAUGCUGCUGGAAACACUACUGCUGCCAUUGGGAAGGGAUUUGCAAUUGGAUCUGCAGCACUUGUUUCUCUUGCAUUGUUUGGUGCAUUUGUGAGCCGUGCCGCAAUUUCAACUGUAGAUGUCCUCACACCCAAAGUUUUCAUUGGGCUACUUGUGGGUGCAAUGCUUCCUUACUGGUUCUCUGCCAUGACAAUGAAGAGUGUGGGGAAGGCUGCCCUUAAGAUGGUGGAAGAAGUGCGCCGACAAUUCAACACCAUCCCAGGUCUCAUGGAAGGCACCGCCAAGCCUGACUAUGCCACCUGUGUCAAGAUCUCCACAGACGCCUCUAUCAAGGAGAUGAUUCCACCUGGCGCUCUUGUCAUGCUAACUCCCCUCAUCGUUGGAAUCUUUUUCGGCGUGGAGACCUUGUCUGGUGUCCUUGCUGGGUCCCUUGUAUCUGGUGUACAGAUUGCUAUCUCUGCAUCCAACACUGGGGGCGCCUGGGAUAACGCCAAGAAGUAUAUUGAGGCCGGGGCUUCAGAGCAUGCCAGGACUCUUGGUCCCAAGGGGUCUGACCCACACAAGGCAGCCGUGAUAGGGGACACCGUUGGGGACCCACUCAAGGACACGUCCGGGCCAUCGUUGAACAUUCUUAUCAAGCUCAUGGCUGUGGAGUCUCUCGUGUUCGCCCCUUUCUUUGCCACGCACGGCGGUCUCCUCUUCAAGAUCUUCUGAGAACACACAUCUCAUGUGGCUUCGUAUUCCCUCCCAACCAAAGUGUACCCCUCUUGUUUUUUGCCUGUAACUUCAAUGUUUUUUUUCUUCAUUUUGGGCGUUAUUGGAUUACUAUUAUAUUCCCAUAGAGUAAUGUGCACUAAUAUAAUGGCGAAAGCGUACAACUGCUUUUUGGUUUAAUCUUGCCUUCUCCAUUUUCAUUUCUUAUGUAGUUUGGGUUCAAGACAUUCUUGUUUUUGUCUAAUUAAUAUACUGUAUACGG